GUCGUCCCGCUGAGGAGGAACGGCGGUGCCUGCCGCUCCUUCCCCGGCGUUUGCCCUGCCCGCGGAUUUGGGGCGGCAGCAGCAGCAGCCGGCUGUCCCUCACAGCCUCCCCGGCCCGCUUCAGCCUUCCCUCAGCAGCCGCUGCCCGCGGGCGGUGCGGUGCGGGGCCGGGCCGGGCCAGCUGCCUGCGCGGCGGCGGGGGAGCGGCAGCGGGAGCGCGGCGGCGGCUGGGGGCACCAUGCGGGCCGCCUUCUCCGGAAAGCGCCCGGGGCGGCUGCUGCGGCUGCUGCUGCUCUGCCUCAGCCUCUCGGGCGGGAGCCCCGCAGAUGCAGCCAUGACGACAGAAGAUGCCAGUCAGGCAAGCUAUCUGACUAAGAUGCAAGCUGGACUUAAUGAAUCAUCUGCUGGUUUGCUUUUUCACCUUUCAGAGCCCAUGAUAACUACAGGAACUGUCAACUGGCAAACUCAGGGGAGCCACUCGGAUCAUUUGGGACUUGGACAUGAUGCAUCUACACCUGGUCCAGAUCCUACCACACAAGAGGUGAAGCAGGCAACCAAAGAGAAUGUGUCUAAUCAUACUUUUGUGAAGUAUGAGAUAACUCUACCUGGUGUUUCUAGUAAGUCCGUAGAAGAAACUAUCACUUUGGAUAGAGCAACUAGAAUUGAACUGUCAUGCAGAUUGGACCAUAUGUAUUCCAGUUUGAAAAAUUUUCAAGUGACUUGGAGGAAAGGGAAUGAAACAAUCAGACACAUCAGUAAAACUGAAAAGAGCUGGAGCAUUCAAUUGGAGAUCUUGGAUAACAGUAAUCUGGGAAGUUACAAUUGUACUCUGAAAGGUGAAGAAGAAAUCAGUGCUGUGUUUCAUUUACAAGUACCAAAAAUUGAAGGAAAAGAAAAACCCAUUAUCAGUUAUGAAGGAGAUACAGCUGUAAUGGUUUGUAAAAGUUUUGGCUAUACUCCCAUUGCUUGGACCUGGUAUGUGACCAAUGGAAGUGAACAGAUUGCCAUUAAUGACUCUUUGCUGGCAGACAAGUAUGCAAUUAAUAGAGUAUCUGCCAACGUAACCCAUCUGAAGGUAUUGCAGCUCACCAAGGAAGAUGAUGGUGUAUAUUGGUGUGAAGCUGCUUUUGAACUAGGGAAAAGUAAAGGAAAGCUGAAGCUUAAAGUUCUGUCCUUCAUGGUGCCUCUCAAACCCUUUCUAGCAAUUGUGGCUGAAGCUAUUAUUUUAGUAACUAUUGUUUUCCUUUACGAGAUAUAUUCAAAAAGGAAAGAGAAAUGUGCAGAAGAUGAAAAGGAAUUUGACCAAGUUGAGCAACUUAAAUCAGAAGAAAACAAUGGUCUGGAAAACAGUAGCACUAGGCACAGGAGAAUUUAAUCCUGUUCCGAAAAGGGGAUUUAAGCCAACAGAAGCGGAAAUCAUCGCAAGCUACAGAAGAUGUAUGGGGCUAUGCAUUUUAAACAUCCACUAUAACUCCUCUACACUUACGAGAAAUAAAAUGCUUUUAAAAUAGUUGUGAAACUGCUCAUUUUAUACAGACAAUAAUGCAUUCUGAUAUACUGCAUUUAAACCUUUGCUGUCUGUAACACUGUUUGUCAGUUUGCUACUUAAAGGUGACUUUUAUGUGAUCAGGCUUUCAGUUGUUUUAGGACUUACCUGUUUGAUUUUAUGUCCUAAAUCAAAACUGACCUUGCACUCACUGAAUGAACGGGUAAUACAAAAUGGGCCUAUUAUCUACAUGUUAUAAAGCUGGGCUUGCAAGAUAAAGUAUUCUCACCAAAGAAAAUGCCUUUUACUAGCAAGUGAAGUGAAUGUGACAGACAUUUUUACCAAAGAAACAAUGAAAGGGAAAUCUUUAUCAUUUUUAAAUGAAACAUUAACAGUUUUGCAAUCUGCUCUGAACACUAAAAUGUCUUCACUUAAACUUUUCUUAGUGCCAUUUAAAUGAAAAAAGGGAUAUAGGUACAUUCUGAAGACUUCAAGAUACAAAUUCUCUUAAGAUGCCUGGCCAUAUGUCUGUGCUACUAUACUGUAAUUCUAAAUAGACUGAACACUUAAAUACUGACUGAUCAGAUAUUGCAGCAGUGUUUCAGAGUAGAUGAAAAAAGCAAAGGGGAUACAGUACCAUAUAAUAUAACUGAAAUAAUUCCUUAUGCUUGUACAAAUUACUGCAGGAUCUAAGGGCUGCAAAACAAGUUUUGUGAUUAUAAUUUAUACAAAACACAGAAAUUUCAAAAAUAUAUCUGUGUGGUUCUUGUCAUACAUUCUAUCUAGUUAGUACUCUUACUUCUUGCAGCCUACUGUAUUGUGGUUUAAACUCCUCUCAGAGCAAAGAGAAGGUCUUCAGCAGCUGAAAUUUUCAGGCUAUAGGAUAAAGCAACAUGAAUACCACUUCUCUCUUAUAUAAAUUUGUGAUGCUGCUGUUAUGACUUAGCUCUUCUAAAGCAAUAUCGAAGUUGCCAUAAUUCUAAAUAUACCAUUUAGUUACAUUAUGCAUUCAGCCUUUGCUUGUUAAUCCAAAAGAAAAAUAAGAAAAGCUGCCUUCUUAAGAAAGGGAAAAGUAAAGUCUUCAAAAAUUUAUUAUCUCAACAAGAAAUGUAAGAAAAAACAGGCAGCAUUUGCAAGCUGCCUAGGGAAGCCGAAGGAAAAAGCAUCUAAAUAGAAUUUCCUCAAACUGAUAAUUUCUCUUUGAACAUAAAUAAGGGCAUACAGAAAAAUAAAAGUUAACAUUUAAUUCCCUUCCUUUUUUUUUUUUUUUCAAUUUUACUGUUCUUAUGAUGUUUUCAAUCAGAAGCCUGGCAUUGACUGUUUUUUGGGGAAUGGGGGCAAAAAAAUCUGGUCUGAUCUAUCCUCUUUGGUUUUUCAUAACUUACUCAGCAGCUUUAACCACUAAAAGUUAAAGUCCAAAUGAAAAAAUGAUGGGAAGUAUGUAGGCAUUAAGGGAUUGACUGUCAGGGCUGAACACUGAUAAAGAUUUCCCUUGCUAAUAUACUGUGUUUGUUGUAUUUUGCCUUGGAGUUUCUAUGCAAUAUAAAAAGCAGACUGCAUUUACAGGUUUUUAUAUGAAUUUAUCAUUGAUAUAACAGCAUUUUUGUUUUAGCAAGUAUAUGUUUGCAGUUUAAAAAUAUUUAAUCCUGCAUAUUAAUUGUUUGAAACAAACCAUUUUAUUUUUUUAGACAGUAGGCUUUUUUGUAGGAAAUUAGGUAGUUAAAAAGUAAGCUUGUUUAUAGAUCUAAGAAUUAGUUCUGAAUAAACCAAAAUGCAACAAAAAUGAGGCUAGGUAAUAUCUGGAAAAAAUCCCACAUUUUAAAUAGAAAUGGUAACAACUUAUUUCUACCUUCACUGAGUGUUCCUACCUGAUCAUGAAAUAGUGGUACGAAGUCUUGGUCAACUUAAGAAAGUUACAUGGAAAGAUACUCUUUUUGGUGUUAGCCAACAAGGGCUGCAGUGAAGGCAGGCAGGAACUGGAAAACCUGGAUUAAUGAUGGAUUUUAGAUAUAUGACGUGUGUUCCUCCUGUCUGGACUGUAUUAGAGUUUGGUCAAAUUGGCUGCUGUAGUUGUAGUUUUGUCUUGAGCAAGCAUGUUCUGCUUGGCAUGUCUGCAAGGGCUUUGGUGUUUAUUUUUACAUUGGCAAGCAGUUUCUUCAUCUUGGGGAAGUUGCAUUAUUCCUCAUAUAUCUGCCUACGUUCAAAUCUUCUUGGGUUCCUCUACAGAGGGAAUAACAAACAAUACUAAAUAAUAUUACAUAAUUGAAGUUAUGACCGUUAAUUAUGCCAAAGACAUAAACCCUACUUCCCUAGUACAGAUACCACCUAGGAAGCUUUGGAAAUCUAGAAAUGUGUUUUAUGAGAAAUACAUGUUGUAUAUGUUCAAAACAUUCCUGGUGCAGUUGCUUUGUAUAUAUGUUUCAUUCAUAGCCUUCAAUAGAACAAAAACUGCGCAACUUCAAAAAACCAAUUCUCUAGGCAAUGACUUUUUGUUGCAUUCAAGCCAAGAGGUACCAAAUGAGAGCCAAAACAAUUCUGAAGAUAUUUAAUUCAAACAGCAGUUAGAGCUAGGUGUAAGGAUUUGCAAAAUUAAUUUUAAUAACAAAUAUUAUGUAAUAAUUGACGUAUGGCUAGGCUGGGUCUAACCAUUACAUUUGUUGGGCAAAUCUUGUCUUCCAAAUCUUUUGUUUUGUUGCAAAAGGUGAUAUGUUACUGGUUUCUAUACCAACAAAAGCCUUAUCCAUUUCAUAGAGAAAAAGAUUAAAGUCUGCAAAUGAAUCCUGAAAGGCUGUUCUGUGAUGCUUUGAACUGGUCACUGCAAAUUUCUCCUUUCCAUAGGUCUGAGGUAGACACAGACAACUGUGAGACCAGAUUCCUAGUGAAGCAUGACAAAUAUUAGAAGAGCUUCCAAGCUGUCAGCUCAAAUGGAACUGUAUGUGUAUUUCCUUAGGCCAGAGACCUACGGAUUGCCCAGUUGUGGGACAAGGCAAUUAAGUGAGUAGCUUAUGGGUCAUUUGUCAGUCAUGAGGAAGAGUGGAAAAACACAUCAAUAUUGAUACUGAAAUCUGCAUCUGUGUGCCUCUGUUUUUUGAGCCAAAGAAAAUAAGCUUUAUAUUCUGCCUUUAAACUAACUGUCAAAACUUUUCAACGCUACUGAGCAACUAAAAUCGGGAAGAAACUUGAUUGGUGCCUUCUCUGUAUGGGGAAUUUUUCAACUGAGUGAUUCUAAAUGUUGAGUUACCUAGCACAUGCCGGCUGACCGCAAUUAACUACAUCCUGUUGCAGUUCUAGCUGGGAGCUCCUCAAAAGUAGGAGGGGGCAAGGACUGCGGAAGAGACCAGUUGAGAAUGGUUGUUAGGGACAUGGAAAGAACCUCCAGGUACUCUACAGGGGUCCCAAGGGACAGAUGGCAGAAGCUGAGAUAAUUUGAAAUUAGAUGCAUACAGGGAAGGUAAGUGCAAAUCUGUAGGAGACUCAGUGGGUUCUUUAGCUGUGCCAUUCAGAGUGUUUGCAUAGGAAGUUCUGUAUGGUAACUGAAACCAAUCUGCUAUUGCUAAGAACUUACACAGGUGAAACCACAAAUCCAAGUAAUAUGUUUCAUAAGAGAAUUGGAAGUUGUGUCCUUUGAAAAUGUUUCUCCACUGGUUUUAAAUAAUUUUGCACUCUUGUUACUUUCUUAUGCCAGAACAUGUGCAUAUAUAGUGCAUUAAACAAUUCUUUAUGAAAAAAAUACCUCAGUUCCAAGCUUUACAACUUGUUACUAAAUAUGUUGACUUGUCCAAACUUAUUGUUGACAUGAGUUCAUUUUUGUAGUUGAAUUUCAUAAGAUUUCAAACUUCAGAUUCAAACAUUAUGAUUGCUUUUCUUCUAUAUGGAAACUUCAUCUGAUUUGCUCUUCCAUUCAGCCUUUCAUUGAACAAAUAAAGAUUUUUGUUCUGUUUUAUUAUUAGGGUAUUAUUUCUAUCAACUGACUUCAUGAAUUAUUUUCAAAUUGACAUUAAACGUUAUGUAACAGUGCCUUGAAGGAAAAAAAUUGUUUACCAUAUUGCAGUUCAUUUUUCUCGUUUGCAAUAUGUUAAAAGUUUCAGAGGAAGCUUUACAGCAAAAUCUAUUUUUUUAGUGAAAGGCUACUGACCCUAAUACUUUUAUCAUGUUUGCCUUGUUUUACAUUCUGAUUUUAUACUCUGUGGUCACUAGUUUCAUUGUUUCGCUUGAGCAGUAAGAUGUAUAGCCUCUGUAUGUUUGAUGUAUAUGCAAUAACAAUGAGAGUAGUUAUGAGUAGUGUGAAUUAAUAAUGUUGUAUUGAAAAAUAAUUCCAAUAAAU